AUCUGUGGCAAGCCGCACGUCGAGCGCGCCGCUGCCUUCAUGUCAUCUUGUUUGAAGUUGUUUGUAGUUUGGUUUCGGUACUGGCCGUGAUAAUGGUUCCAAUAUUUUUUUACAACUUUUUUAACACAACUUGUACUUAAAAGUUGGGAAAGUUUUUUAAACUAGUGUCCUAGUGCAUUUACUAGUGUUGGACGUUGUUUAUAAAAAGUUUUGUGUUAUUUAAAAAGUUGGGAUAAAGUUUUCUUGUUGGGAGUGGUUGUGUGUGUUGUCAUGUCUAAGAAAGUUGGUAUCAUCACAUAAACUUGAUUGAAAACAGAUCAACCGUUCGAGAUAAUACUGUAAGAAGAUGGAGCCAAGUAGUGUAGAUGAGCGGGAAGACGUACAAAAGAAGACAUUCGCUAAAUGGAUAAAUUCACAACUCGCUAAGCACGGCAAACCGCUCGUAGAAGACCUUUUUCAAGAUCUACGCGAUGGAGAAGUCCUGCUCUCACUGCUCGAGAUCCUCACCGCACAGCAGUUUAAAAGGGAGCGUGGUCGCAUGCGUGUCCAUCACCUCAACAAUGUGAACGCAGCGUUACGUGCACUCGCGUCUGCGGGCGUCCGUCUUGUGAACAUUAGCAGCGGAGAUAUUGUUGAUGGCAACCCUAAGCUGAUACUUGGUUUGGUAUGGAGUAUAAUUUUGCAUUGGCAAGUUCAUUACCACUUAAAGGAGCUGAUGUCCGAGUUACAGCAGACAAACCUUGAAAAGACCUUACUGGCUUGGUGCAGAACUCGUACACAAAACUACAUGGGCGUUAAAGUGGAAAAUUUCACAUCUUCCUGGUCAGAUGGUCUGGCGUUCAACGCUCUACUACAUCGUUGGAGACCACAACUCUUUGACUAUUCGAAUCUACUUACUCUCUCUCCGUCUCAGAGGCUGGAACAUGCAUUUGCACUUGCUCAACGCCAUCUGUCGAUCGAUCGUUUGUUAGAUCCUGAAGAUGUAAACACACCGAACCCGGACAAGAAGUCAAUAAUGAUGUAUGUAAUGUGUUUGUUCCAAUCGUUGCCUCACUCGAACAGUGAAAUGGAGCAAGGACAAAUGGGGGCAGAUGGACAUUCUGCUGAUAUAAGCGAGCCUAUUAGCCCCACUGAUGUUAGUCCUGAGAAAUUUCUACUGGAGCUAUCUGAGCAACAGUGUAGAGUGGGCGCUGUACUGGAGGAAGGAGCCAGGCUGGUGCGAGACCAGGCUCUGUCUAGAGACGAGGCCAACGAGGUUCGCCUACAAAUGCGUCUGCUAAAUCAACGUUGGGAGCAAUUACGUCUGGGAGCAAUGGAUAAACAAGCGCGAGUGCACCGCGCUCUUAUGAAAGCACAGCAUAAACAACUUAACGCUUUCCGGCAAUGGCUGACAGCGACAGAGGACCGCAUGUCCCGCAUGGAGGCGGGCGAGGCGGCGGGCGCGCUGGACGCGACGCGGGCGCUGCACGCCGACCUGCGGCGGCAGCAGCCGCUGGUGGACGCGCUCGCCGACUGCGUGCUCGUCGUCGACGACGACGACGCGCACGACGCCAGUGCGUACACGCACGCACACACACUACUAUGCAUGAUUGGGGUCACACGUGUAUCGGAAAUAGAAGAUCAACUUCGAGCGCUAGGCGAGCGAUGGUCGCACGCUUGCCAAUGGACGCUCUCCCGCCUCGAGCGCUUGCAGCGCUGCGGCGCGCUAGACCAACAGGCGGCAAAACUGCGCACGGAUAUACUGGAGCUGGAGACUGACCUUAAACAGAUGGAAGCCUACCCAGCAAGCGAAAUCGGCGAAGUCUUAAAGCGAAUAUCAGCGCUUCAGCGCUGCAGUGGUACAUUAGCUGCGUAUAGACGUGGCUUAGCUGAUUUAUCACAGCAAUUGCAAUCUAUAGAAGGAUCUGAAGAACUAGCAGACAAUGUUGAUGAACUGCACGACAGGCUUGAUGCCUUGGAACUCAUACUGCGCGUUCAAGCUGAUCGGAUUAAAGAACUAGGUUUUGAGUUUGAUAUAACAACGACGGAGGAAAGUACAGGCGAGACGAGUACAGUCACAACAACUAGUACUGUAACUACAACGUUUGAACUAGAUCAUCGGACAAAGAAACCUAGGCUCAGCGAUAAAUCUAGUGCAGACUUUCAGAUAGGGUAUAAGGUGUUCGAUAACUGGGCUGAAACGACAGAAAAGGCAUUGAGUGAGUGCCAACAGUCCCUGAGCUCGGGUGGAGGUGAGCUAGCCCGGGAGUCAGCUCGAGAGCUGCUGCAGAGGGUCCAGAGGGAGAGCGAGGAGCAGAGGGCGGACUUCGCGAACGUGGAGGAGAUCCAGCGCCGCCUGGCCGCCGACUGCGCGCUGCGGGAGGAAGCACAAUUACACGCGGACAGUAUCGAAGAACUAAAGAAACGAUGGGAGGGCAUACAGAAAACGCUCCUAGACAUACGAAACAUGAUGAACCUUUUAGAAGACAAAGAGAACUUCUACAAGAACGUAGAAGCAUUACAGACAGAAAUCGAGGACAUCCAUACGUGGAAAGACAAAAUGUUGAAGGAACCUGCAACAAACAACCAGUUAAUACAUUUACGAAACAAAAUACGCGCGGUUAAACAACUCGAAAUGAAACUAAAAGAAUUGAACGCGCAGUCGAUAAUAUUACUUACGAAGCCGAUAUCACAGUCUCAUAAAGACGAAAUCGAGAAAGAUACGAAACGAAUGAACGAAAAUUUCGAAGAAUUGUUGCUAUGUUUGACCAAACGAGAGGUCGAGAUUAAAAUCGCUUUGAACAAAAAAGUACCAGUGCUUCAAAGCGAUGAAGAGUACAAACUUGUGCAGAAGAAAAUACAAGAUAUGGAGUCUGAAAUUAUCAGCGAACACGCUAUAAUAUCUUCGAAAGAUGACAUGUCGAAAAAGUUAGAAGAAUUGAAGCAAAUGAGACAUCGGUUCGAUGAUUUACAAGCCUCAUAUGACACAGUUGUAAAGGAAAAGAGAGAGAAAUUCGAAAAGGGAAGCGUGGAAGAGCUUAAUUUGAGAAGUAGCGUUGAAAAUUUGGUCAUGAGGUUCUCUGAUUCGAAAACUAUUUUGGAGCAGAAGAUUAGUAAACUUGAAAAGGGUAUAGAACUCCUCGAUAAGUUAGAAAAAGAAUCAAAUGACCUGAAUCGGUGGCUGGAAGGUGUUCAAGCAUUUGUUGAUACUAAUACCGUAGUCCCGCUAGGCGAUGUGGUUGAGUUGGAAAAACUUUUGGAAACAAGCAAUAAAUUCGACGACCAGAAAAAUGACUACAAAGCUUUAUUAGAAAGUGUUGAAUCAACCAAACAGACUAUAUUAGAAGACUGCGAUGAUGCUUUGUCAAAAUCGUUAAAAUCAGACAAAGAUCUGCGCAAACGCUUCGAAACAGUGACAGAAUCCUCUUACAAACUUAACGAGAGCCUGCGUAGGGCUUUGGAGAAAACUGAAGGCUUGAUAAGACGUAUAGAUGAAAUGGAGCAGUGGCUUGUGAAUAUUGAAGAGGAAAUGCCUAAAGAGGAUGAGUGCAAUAUAUCUGAUUCUGCGGAGUUGUACCAAAUGAAGACAAGAUUCCAGACGCUUAAAGAUAAAUGUGACGAAAAAACACUAGAGUUCAGAAAUUUGAAUGAGGAUGGGAACGAGGCGCUGCUGUCGGCGGAGCGCGCGCCGGCGCUGGCGCGGCGCCUCACGCAGCUCAACGCGCGCUGGACGCGCGCCACGCACGCCGUCUACGAGCGCUACAAGUGCAGUCGAAUAUCACACGUACUGCCCCAUGCGCGCACGGUGAAGUCGAGUCUCCCGCGCACUGCGCCGUGCGCGCAGGGUGCAGCCCACUGGGCCACACAGUGCAGCUCCCGCCCCCGCAGGGUGCUGGCGGAGGCGUGGCACGAGUCGGGCGAGCUGCGCGCCUGGCUGGCGCAGCAGGCGGCGUGGCUGGACGGGCUGCAGCGCCGCCUGGCGAGACCGCGCCGCGCGCGCGCCGACGCCGAGGACAUCGCCGACGAGCUCUACUACGCGAGCCCGCAGCAGGCGGCGUGGCUGGACGGGCUGCAGCGCCGCCUGGCGAGACCGCGCCGCGCGCGCGCCGACGCCGAGGACAUCGCCGACGAGCUCUACUACGCGAGCCCGCAGCAGGCGGCGUGGCUGGACGGGCUGCAGCGCCGCCUGGCGAGACCGCGCCGCGCGCGCGCCGACGCCGAGGACAUCGCCGACGAGCUCUACUACGCGAGCCCGCAGCAGGCGGCGUGGCUGGACGGGCUGCAGCGCCGCCUGGCGAGACCGCGCCGCGCGCGCGCCGACGCCGAGGACAUCGCCGACGAGCUCUACUACGCGAGCCCGCAGCAGGCGGCGUGGCUGGACGGGCUGCAGCGCCGCCUGGCGAGACCGCGCCGCGCGCGCGCCGACGCCGAGGACAUCGCCGACGAGCUCUACUACGCGAGCCCGCAGCAGGCGGCGUGGCUGGACGGGCUGCAGCGCCGCCUGGCGAGACCGCGCCGCGCGCGCGCCGACGCCGAGGACAUCGCCGACGAGCUCUACUACGCGAGCCCGCAGCAGGCGGCGUGGCUGGACGGGCUGCAGCGCCGCCUGGCGAGACCGCGCCGCGCGCGCGCCGACGCCGAGGACAUCGCCGACGAGCUCUACUACGCGAGCCCGCAGCAGGCGGCGUGGCUGGACGGGCUGCAGCGCCGCCUGGCGAGACCGCGCCGCGCGCGCGCCGACGCCGAGGACAUCGCCGACGAGCUCUACUACGCGAGCCCGCAGCAGGCGGCGUGGCUGGACGGGCUGCAGCGCCGCCUGGCGAGACCGCGCCGCGCGCGCGCCGACGCCGAGGACAUCGCCGACGAGCUCUACUACGCGAGCCCGCAGCAGGCGGCGUGGCUGGACGGGCUGCAGCGCCGCCUGGCGAGACCGCGCCGCGCGCGCGCCGACGCCGAGGACAUCGCCGACGAGCUCUACUACGCGAGCCCGCAGCAGGCGGCGUGGCUGGACGGGCUGCAGCGCCGCCUGGCGAGACCGCGCCGCGCGCGCGCCGACGCCGAGGACAUCGCCGACGAGCUCUACUACGCGAGCCCGCAGCAGGCGGCGUGGCUGGACGGGCUGCAGCGCCGCCUGGCGAGACCGCGCCGCGCGCGCGCCGACGCCGAGGACAUCGCCGACGAGCUCUACUACGCGAGCCCGCAGCAGGCGGCGUGGCUGGACGGGCUGCAGCGCCGCCUGGCGAGACCGCGCCGCGCGCGCGCCGACGCCGAGGACAUCGCCGACGAGCUCUACUACGCGAGCCCGCAGCAGGCGGCGUGGCUGGACGGGCUGCAGCGCCGCCUGGCGAGACCGCGCCGCGCGCGCGCCGACGCCGAGGACAUCGCCGACGAGCUCUACUACGCGAGCCCGCAGCAGGCGGCGUGGCUGGACGGGCUGCAGCGCCGCCUGGCGAGACCGCGCCGCGCGCGCGCCGACGCCGAGGACAUCGCCGACGAGCUCUACUACGCGAGCCCGCAGCAGGCGGCGUGGCUGGACGGGCUGCAGCGCCGCCUGGCGAGACCGCGCCGCGCGCGCGCCGACGCCGAGGACAUCGCCGACGAGCUCUACUACGCGAGCCCGCAGCAGGCGGCGUGGCUGGACGGGCUGCAGCGCCGCCUGGCGAGACCGCGCCGCGCGCGCGCCGACGCCGAGGACAUCGCCGACGAGCUCUACGUGAGCGGCGUGGCUGGACGGGCUGCAGCGCCGCCUCGCGCCGACGCCGAGGACAUCGCCGACGAGCUCUACGUGAGUGCGCCCGGAGCCAUGUGCCCCAGACACAGUGCAGUACGCGAGCCCGCAGCAGGCGUCGUGGCUGGACGGGCUGCAGCGCCGCCUCGCGUCGACGCCGAGGUCAUCGCCGACGAGCUCUACGAUCUCGAGAAUUACGUGUCGAAUCGAAGCGAAGAACGCAUGAGUCGCAUAGAGGCGGUGGGACGACAACUCGCCGACGCGCACAUCAUGCCCAAUUGGAUACGAGCGGAAAUCGAUGCUCUCACUAAACGAUGGGAUACACUGCAAAAACAGGCGGCGACACGUACAGCGGAGUUAGAAACUGCAGCGCGAGAAGCGGCACGCUAUGAAGUUUCUCUUGAUAAUUUGCAACAAUGGCUACUGGCGUUGAAGCAAAGGGCUUUGUUAGAGGAACAGUUAGACACCGCACAGGGCAGGACGGAUGUGGGAGGAGUAAAAUGUCUCUUAGAAAUAAGACGAAACUAUACAAGGCCUGCGGCUUCAAAUUAUACAGAACAAGUUUCUACGCACUGCCACGUACUCGACGUGCUAUCAUCUGAGUUUGGUGCUCAGCGUGGAAUAUUACGAGAAGUGCAACAGCAAGUGCAAGCGUAUCGAGAAGCGGGCAAGACGGAGGCCGCAGACCGGCUGGAAGAUCAGUUGCAACUCGCUGAGCGCAACCUAAACGAGGCCGAGGAGCAGUUCGUCGACCGGAAGCGAGCCGAGGGCCAGAGCGAGAGCAGCCCCGCGGCGGAGGGCGAGGGCGAGGGCGAGGGCGAGGGCGCGGGCGCGGGGGGAGCGCUGGCGCGGCGCCUGGAGCGGGCCGGAGCAGCGCUGCGCGACGUGCAGCGCGGCGCCGCGGCCGCGCUGUGCCUGCGCGCCGCCGACCCCGACGCGGUGCGCGCGCAGCUGCGGACUUGUCUGAGAUUCUACCGAACUUUGAGCGAAAUAAAAUCCGAAGUCGAAUCGAUUAUCAAAACCGGUCGGAAGAUGGUUGAAGAAAAGGCGGUCCCCGAACCCCAAGAGUUCUCUAAAAAGAUAGACAUGUUGAAAGAGCUGUACAACAAACUUGGCGCUCAUGUGACAGAAUCGAAGACAAAGCUAGAAACGGCCUUGCUAACAGCGCGUGAGAUACAAAACGACCUGCAGUCAUUGACUUCGUGGCUCCAGGGGUUAGGAAAUGUUGGAAAGCAGACUCUAGAAUUGGAAAUGUCCAGAAUGGAAGCUAUUAAGGAUAAACUUAACGCAAAUUACGUGGAAUUCGCGAAAAAUUGCGAUCCAGUUUACUUAGAGAAUCUUCGUGAACAGAUUGACGAUAUCAACUCUCGUUGGGAUAACUUGAAACGUCACGGCCUAGGAAAGAAGGAGACAGAAGUUGAAAGUCUUCAGAGAUACUUGAAUGACAUCGACCAAGAACUAGAGAGUCCUGAAACGAUGUCUGCGGCAAAACUAAAGCUGUUGAGAACAGAAAUUCGAGCAAAGGCAAGUGAAGUUCAGGCGAUCGACAAUAAAGCGUUGUUGAAACAGUGGGAAAGGAUUUUGGAGAAGAUAACCGUCCGUCUCUCCGCAUCUGAAUUCGAUGUAAAAGAACCACUGUCAACAUCAACUCCUAUCAAAGAAGAUAAGAGUAAGAAACAGGUUCAUGUAGUGGCUAUGUCUCCGAAACCUCCUCAAGACGAUGAACAGGAAGAAAUUCCUCCUUCACCGAAGUCAAGAGUAUCAGCCAGUCCAUUAUUUGGUCUCAAAUCGCAAAUUAGCAAAGAAAAGAAGAUAACGAACGAAAAGUAUCAAAGAACUGACGAUUACGCUCAAGUGUCAGAUAUUACCGAAAGCUCACAAGAAACUGGAGAAACGACUGAGUCAGUCGAGCGUCCAGUACAAUCUGAGAUCAAGCGACGGUUUCCAACUGCGUGUGAUGAGGAACUGGAGCAGUUUGAAGCUGAGGCGGAGAGGAUGGCGCGUCGUAUGCACGUUAUGUUACUCACAGUGGGAGGCGUGGGCAGUGAGAAAGAUCCUGCUAAGAGACUUGAGAUAUUAAAGAACCAGCUAGGCGCUGUAGCACCCGACGCAGCCGCUCUUAUAUCACGCGGAGAUAGCCUUGUGUACACCAAACACAAAGAAAACCCACAGUUAGCCGAAUACUUACAGACACAUUUCCAAGACAAACUACGUAACAAGUGGUCGAUAGUUAUGUCCGAAAUCGAAACGAAACGAAACGCGGCGCUCAAAGCCGAAGACGAUAUUAAAGAAUUGAACACGUUAAUAGAGGGUAUGCAGAAAUGGGGUAAAGAUUUCGAGGUCAAGAUCAAAAAUGGUGGGGACGGUAUGAAAGAAGAAUUGAUCGAUCGAGAGAAUGAUGUAGAAAGAAUUCAAGAUUUGUGCAGGGAACUAAGGGUGCAAAGGGUUACGUUCCCCGAAAGGGCGGCUAGUGAUGUGAGUGUAAUGUUUAAUAGGAUUAGAGAAGCGUAUGAAGCGACAAUCCCUAAAAAGGAUAGGAAGAGAAUGGUAAGUGGAUAA